CAACUGGAACAAAUCAUGCAGUGCCAUUCAAGUGAAGAAAGCUGUGGUUGUCAUGUGAAGAUUACAGAAAUCCUCUGCACCUUCCAUAAAAGGGCUACACUGAAAUUACCCAUCAAAGACCAGCCGGAAAAGGGAAGUUUUGGGCGGGCCGUUGUUCCCUCACCUCCCCUUCCGCAGCCUGCUCCGCCCCGGGCUGUUGCGGAGCGGGGCCGCCGCGCAGUUUUCAGCAUGGCCGUGGACUGGCUGGGCUUUGGCUACGCCGCCCUGGUGGCAUCGGGAGGGAUCAUAGGCUAUGCAAAAGCAGGUAGUGUCCCAUCGCUAGCUGCUGGGCUUUUCUUUGGGAGUUUGGCUGGUCUGGGCGCCUAUCAGCUCUCGCAGAAUCCAAAUAAUGUUUGGAUUUCCCUGAUUACAUCUGGAACACUGACUGCUGUCAUGGGAACAAGAUUUUACAACUCUGGAAAAUUCAUGCCUGCAGGGCUCAUUGCUGGUGUCAGUUUGCUAAUGGUUGGAAGAUUAGCACUGAAGAUGGUGGAAAAGCCCCACGAUAAGUAACUGUUGAUUUUACAGUUUAAUAUCUGGAUAAGGAAGCCUGAUAAUGAAGUUGCGUCAAUGCAGAAGCAAGAAGAUGUAACAAUUUUCUAUAUCAAGACUUUUUUAUUUUUCAUUGUUUUAUAUGAAGGGGAGUAGAAUGAUGGGACAGAGGACCUGUAAUUAAGAAAGUAUCCACAAAGAGACAUGAGGAGUAAUUGGCUAAAUACAACAGUGUGUCUCGUACCUUUCAUACUGAGUAUUGCAGUAUGCUUUACCUGUUGCACUCAGAGUUGAUACACCAUGUCUGUAUAACACCAAACAGAUCUUACCUUUUUAUUGUGAAAUUAUGCUAGAGUGUUGCUUUUCUACAAGUAAAAUCUAUUACAAACCUUUA